UAGUAACCGUCUCUAAGCGACGAGACCAACUUUCUUCCGUGGUAAACGAAGACUCGGUGGUAGCUGAGGUCCAGAAAAAGCUGGGAACGCGGGCUUUGCUGCCUGGGACAAAGGGCAAAAACAAAACAAAAAACAAACAAACAAAAAACCUUGCUGUAGUUGCGGGGAGGAAAUCAAGGAAGAGGAGGAGGAAGAGGGAGGAGAAGGGCGAGGACCAAGAAGGCUCAGAGCAGAGCAGCUACGAUGAGUUCCAGGAGGCUGCCUGAAGUGCAGACCCUGUGCCCGGUUCCCGAGGGCAUGAAAAGCAAACCUUGGUACAGAGACAGACUGCCUUCCAGGUGUUUCCGGAGUUCCACAAAAGGGCUGAAGUUCACAGAUUCUCUAAACAGUCAGCGGUGGAUCUUCCUCAAAAGUGGCAUUGAUGACUUCCGCCGAGGCAAUGUCCCUGCCUGUAGUGACCUCAUUUCCCAUCAUCCAAGAGAGUCCAUCUUUCCCCUCCUUUACCACAAGGAAAAUCUUCCUGUCCAGAAGAGGCCACCUAAAAAGUCAUUUUCAGACUUACUUUCAAGGCUCUCCUCAACCCAGAAAACCACCAGGCAAAACAUUGAAAAGAUUGACUACUACCUGGCCCAGCAUCCGUUGGCUCUCUACCCCAACUUGGAAGAAAGUUUGCCCCUAGAGCUCCUUAAGCAGGUUCUGAAAAUCCUUGAUCCACAUAAGUGCUUGGAGGAUGAAUGGGCUUAUUGUCAAGAUGGCAUAGAAAUCAAGAGACAGCCCUGGAUUGGAAUGGUGAAAACCCCUGAGUGUUUACCAUUGGAAAUUCCCAAGCCACAACCAGUGAAGAGCCCAUACAGGUCUUUUCGUGGGGAAGAAAAGGCAGAAGAGGUAGACAUGGGCUACUUGCCGGCGCUAGAAGAACACAUACAACGGGCUGCUAAAGAAUUCUGUGAAUGGGUUUCCUCUUUUGGAGGAAAUGAGUCCAUAGAUGUGGCCACAGUCCUGAAACUGUUUGAAACGAGUUAUGAAUAUCCAAAGGGCUACAACAUCCUCCAUUUGAUGAAAAUGAACCAGAUGCCAUUGGACCUAAGGCAGGGUGUGGGACUAACAAGGCUGCAGGAGAUGCAGUGUGCCGUGGAGGAGUUGGACUAUGAAAAGAAAAUGAAGAGGACAAAGAAUCCUUAUAAACCAGACUGGGUGAAGAUCAGCUAUGGGGCCUGGUACCUGAAUACCAAUUUAUGGAAAAAACGAAGAGCAAAUGAACCUCUGUUGGAUCCUAAAGCAGAAGCUAGCUCUAAUUAUGAAAAGUUGAAAGCUAAUCUUCUAGAAAGGGAUGCAACACUCAUGGAGCUUCAUGGAACAGUUGCUUUCAAAGAAUUCAUUGAAAGAAAAGGCUAUAGGAUGCCUACUUUCCUUUCAAGAUUAUUUGCCAAGAAGGAUGAUAAAUGCUCCCCAGACGUAAGUCGGAGGCCUUCCCCUCAGGAUUCCCAGAUACAGCUACAGCUGAAGCCCAAGAACAAGAACAAAAUGAAAGAGGGGAAGCUAAACAGAAGUAACAAAUAGAAAGCAGGAUUUUUCUUUCUCUUUUAUUUGUUUUUCUCUCCUCCUUUGUUUCUAAAACCAUUAAAUAAACUUGUCAAUUAGAGCACCCAUU